UUGCCGGUCGCUUGUCACAAAAAAAAAAGCAAAAUGUGCAAAUUUGAAUUUAGUGACAAUAUAUAUAUACACGUAUAGAAUUAUCGUUUGUAUAUAUCGCACUCUGUUUGGCGCCAAAAUCUCUUGCUUUGCGAUCAAGGCAAUUAUGUUCAAAGGCAAGAAGUGUAAGGAGCACCUUAAUUGAUUGAAUUCCUCAGCCCCGAGAUUCAUGCAGUGCUAUGGCUCCUAUUGAGCAACAUCCGCUGGUGGAUCAAGCAAGGUGUGAGAAUAACAAUGCCAUGGAUAAAAAAGUUCUGGGCAAAUCGUUCCAUUGGCCCGAUCAAAAGUCAAUGAAAUACGGGCAAUGGUCCUGGCGCCAGCUGAUGAGACGCAAGAUCCUUUUACUCAUGGCCGUUGCGGUGCUGCUGAUUUAUGUGCAUCUAACGUUGCAGAAGCAACGCGAUGAGGACUAUAUGAGUGGCUUGAAUAUGGAGAACAUUAUACCUGUCCGGCAUAGAUCUCACGUACUGGGCAUGGGAGAUGAUCAGGUUCCUAAAAUUGAUAACACAAGCCGUUUCAACUCGCAAGGUUUUCUCGUGUGGAGCGAUCAGUGCAAAAUAUCCAACUUGGAUCCGUAUAAGCCCGAGGUAAUGCGCCAUUUCAAAAGAUCCAAGUACAAGCCCUGUUCGACCCGCAAGCCACUGACCAAUGUGGGCUUCGAUGAGGCGACCAAACGGUAUGUGCUGAGUAUAAAUGGACGAGCACUGGAUUCCUACGAUAUUGAUGGUUCACUGAGAUGCUGCUGGAUGGGCAUCGAACGUCAAAACGAAACCAAUGUUAACUACACCGACUGCGAGAACUUUAAACGUCGUGUUCAAUUACCCAAUACAACGGAUAGCAUUAUAGUCAAAUGUUUCUCAGGAGCGAACGAGAUUUACAUCAAUGCACAUGCCAUGGUGCCAGAACGGAGUGAUGUGCGAGAGCGCCUUCAAAACUGGACCAAAAAGGAGGCGCCCAGUGUGCUCAUGAUAGGGAUUGAUAGCAUAUCCCGAGUCAACCUCAUACGCGCUAUGCCCAAGACGGCGCAGUAUCUGUACGAUAAUUCCUGGUUCGAGCUAGCUGGCUAUAAUAAGAUCGAAGACAAUACAUUCCCAAACAUAAUGGCGCUGGCAACCGGCUAUAAUCUGAGCGAAGCGAUUUCGAAAUGCCGGCCGGAUCAAGAGGGCGGACUGGACAAGUGUGAGUUCAUUUGGCAGCUGUAUCGGGACCACGGCUAUGUGACAGCCUACGGUGAGGACGCGGUGGUCAUCAAUACGUUUAACUAUUUGAAGAAGGGCUUCAAGGAUCCACCCGUCGAUUACUAUAUGCGACCAUAUCUAUUUGCCGCAGAGAAGCUCCUCAGCAUGACCGUGGUCUCGGGCUUGCCACACUGCCUGGGGUACAAGCAUGCGGCCGAGCAUGUCUACGACUAUGCCCUCGAGUUUGCACGUCGAUUCAAAGACGACACCUAUUUUGGUUUCUUCUGGACCAAUACGCACAGCCACAGUGAUAUCUCGCAGAGCACGACGAUGGACGUGUAUUUGCGGGAUUAUCUGCAGGAGCUCGUCCAGCUGGGCACCAUGAACAACACUAUUGUGAUAUUCUUCAGUGAUCAUGGAUUGAGGUUUGGGCCGACACGAGCCACCUGGUCUGGUCAUAUGGAGGAGCGACUACCCUUCAUAUUCAUUUGGCUGCCGCCCAGCGUUAGAAAUGCUCAUCCAGAAUUCGUUAGCGCCCUAACUCUCAAUCGUAAUCGUCUGACUAAUCCGUACGAUCUACACAUGACGCUCAAACACAUCUUGAGGCUAUCGGGACGGGUGCCUAGCAAGGAUCCGCUUGGUGGUCCGGCAAGAGCCUGUGCCCAAUGUCAUAGUCUCUUGCGGCCGGUCGCCGAAAAUCGGAGUUGUGCAGACAUAGGCAUCGCGGAUCACUGGUGCACCUGCCACCCCUAUGAUGUAAUCUAUACGGACUCCAAGACGGUCCAUAUGCUGGCCAAACGGGUCGUCCUCCAUAUCAACAAGUUCGUUGCGGAGUUCCACAACGGCAGCUAUGCGAAGCUAUGCCAGCCACUCUCCUACAUGAGCGUCAAAUCGGCCUAUCGGGCACAGCGCAACGUUGGCGACCUUCCCCAUGUUAACACCUAUCGCCUGCUCUUCUACACCCGACCCAAUAAAGCGCUCUACGAAGCCACUGUGCGCUACAACGACCAAAGUGAUGUUAUGCAGGUGACCGGUGGUGUGAGCAGACUGAAUAUGUACAAUGGCGAGGCCGAUUGCAUGAUGGAUUUUGCACCGAAGAAGUACUGUUAUUGCCGGAACAGAAGCGGCUAAAAGUUAGAUUAAAUGUUAGCAGAGUGUUUUAAGCCUCAAGUGCCGUUAUAGAGCAUAAUAAGAUAUAUAUAAAUAAAUAUACAUAUAUGUAGCUAUAGUUUUAGUUAUACUAUAGAGCUUAGCUUAGUGUUCAGUCGCAAUAAUUACUUAAAGCAUUAUAUUGGUGCUCACCAGCUACCAAACGAACAAAAAAUAUUAAAAUGAACUGGAAAAGCAUUGGAAAAUCAGAUAUUUUGAAAGCACAAUCCGGCUCGUAUUAUUAAUUUCAGUUCAGCUAUUCAUUAUAAUGUUUUUAGUAUUAAACUAAAAUUUUACAUUGGUUGGCCAAAUUGAAAACUUCCACAACUCAUUGUAACUGAUAGAUUGUUCAAUAUAUUCAAGCAAAAGGUGUUGAUAUUUUGUUAUCUAUUUAUUAUAAUGUUUAAUAUUUGUAUGUACACUUUAUAUAUAGUACAUAAAUAUGUAAUACACUGGUCUCCAAAAUGUAUACAGUUGCUUACAAAACUCAUAGCUCAGAAUCGUUUAAUUUGAAUAUUGUUCAAUAUUUAAACACGCCUAUGGAUAUUUUGUUAUAUUUUCCCCUCUUAGCCCUGUAUAUAUGUAUGUGUGAAUGUAUUAUGUUAUAAUAAUGCCAAAUUUAUGUCACAAAUCCAAAAUAAAACACCAAUUAUAUUAUUACAAGUA